AUGAGAGCGCUUCGCCAGCUACUUGCAACAAAAGACUUCGAUGCCUGGUCGUAUUCUAUUUUCUGGCCGCAAAUGAGGGAGGAGCUCCCCCUCCUUGAUAUAGUAAAUUCAACAGUGGAAGAUAUCAAAUUCGCUUACAAUGCGUGGUCCCUACUCAGACUAAAUAUGUUCUUCGGCAUGAGGCAUCCUACUGUACUAAGUGGGCUUGUGAACACUAGGCCAUCAAUGGAUAUAACGUGUAGAGGCAAUAGAAUAUUCUACGAGCAUGCGACCGUAAAUGGAAGUUUAAGUUCCAAUAGAAUUAAAGUUGCGCUGACACUUCCGGGCCCCAAGGCGCAACCCAUUCAACUAUUUCCUUGGGAGGAAGUAAUCAGUAAAAGCAUCGCUUCAAUAGAAAAUAGGGGUAUAGAAUUGGUGUUGGGAAUGGAAAAUGGCAUGUCUGAGGCAGUUUCUAGUCGAUGUAACUACCAUGUUUUUAUUCCUCAAUAUGGAUCAAUUGGCUCCUUAUCAAUGCUAUCCGCGCUUUCGAUUGCCAUUCAUACAGCCCAUACCGCUUACUAUUGUCUGCAAAAAAGCACAAACGACGCAGGACUCUUAAAAAAUACAACUAUAGGGUGUACUUCUGGAAGCAAUAACUUAUAUCGUGUUGCUAAAACACUGCCACAAGAGUCAAAUACAGUAAAGAGUUCUGUUGAGCAGACGCGUGCCGUUCUAAAGGAAAGGAGAAAAUCGUAUGCCCUUCAAAUUGCUAUAAUCAUGCAUAACGACCUUGGUGAUCGCAAUAUUGGAGCAGUUAUAAGAAAUGCGAAUGUCUUCAAUUGUGAGCAAAUGAUUAUUCUUAAUCGACGACGUUUCAACAAACGUGGUGCCAUUGGAACCCAGCACGUACUUGAUUUGAACUACUAUAAGGAUAUAAAUGACCCAGCACUGGAAUACAUACUGAGGGUGUAUGUCGUUUGGUUAUUAUACCCAUAUUACCCGUAUCUUCAAAUUUACUCAAAUUUACAUCCAAAUGGAUUUAAUUCCGGACCCUUUAUUCAACAUGGGAAUGAUGAACUCAAAAGUUGGCAAUCAACCAAGCAUCAUUUAACUCGGGAGCACCCUCUUAUUCAAUGGUUUCCACACCUCUUGAAUAGUGAACUUUAUCUAGAUGAUGAAAACACUCUCUUAUUAGCAAUUGAGGAAACGAAGCGGAAGGGAUACAAAGGUAUAUUGCUUGCCGUACCCGAAGAAGGCACAUCUCCUCAUCCACAGCUAGCUCAUAUAAGUUCGCGGACCCUCUUCAUUACUCACCCAAAUUAUCUCAACCUGAACGUGCAACGUGGACUAAACGCUGCUCUUGCAACAUCAAUCGCCCUUGAAAGAAUACGUUUUUGUAUAACCCAUCUAUCCUAA